CGACAUUUAAUUCCAAGAUUCCGCAAAUUUCUGGCGUGAAAUCUUCAUUACAUUACCCAAAAUGACUGCCGUAGGGAAACGUUUUGUUCCUUUAGAGAAUAACCCUGAGGUUAUGUCUCAUCUGCUAAACCAACUCGGGCUGUCCCCAGCGCUGGGCUUCCACGAUGUGUUCAGCAUUGAGGAUCCAGAUCUGCUAGCAUUCGUCCCUAGACCUGCAUAUGCACUACUCUUGGUCUUUCCGGUGAGCGAAGCCUACGAAAAGUCGCGGGUAGAGGAAGAUGCGCUACAGAAGGAAUACGAUGGCUCUGGCCCUGAUGAGGAAGUGUUAUGGUUCAAGCAGACCAUUGGCAAUGCAUGUGGGCUGAUCGGUCUGCUGCAUGGCGCUUCAAAUGGCGAAGCAAGGUCAUUCAUUGAUCCCUCCUCCGACCUUGCCAAAUUAUUGGAGGAAGCGACUCCAUUGAAGCCGAUUCCUCGCGCAGACCUCUUGUACGAGUCCAAAGCUCUUGAGAGCGCACAUCAAUCUGCUGCUUCUCAGGGUGACACCGAAGCGCCGGCGGCCGAUGAUACUGUCGACUUACACUAUGUCUGCUUUGUCAAGUCGGCGAAUAAUCAUCUCUGGGAGCUUGACGGUAGGCGAAAAGGUCCCCUUGACAGAGGUGAGCUCUCGCCGGAGGAAGACGUACUUAGCGAGAAGGCAUUAAAUGCUGGUGUUCGAGCAUUCCUCAAGCGGGAGAAGGAAGCUGGAGAUGCAGAACUCAGGUUCAGCUUGAUUGCCCUUGGCCCGAGUGGCGAAUAAGGUCUGGGUCUUGAUUAUGAUUGUAGAAUAUUAGUAGAACGCUGGCCAUGCAGAAUAAAUCAUAGGUGUCAUAAAUCACGCAUACCAUUAAUUCAUGGGC